CUGUCUUCCCUCUCGCUCGAAAAGAUUUCUGGAUUCGUCAAGCUAUUUCGACUUCAACAAUCUAGAACAAGCACACCAAAGAAAAAAAAAAACACACAAGCACCAUUGCAAAACGCACAAGAAGCAAGAAGCGCUCAACGCAAAACGCACAAGAAGCAAGAAGCACCAACACAAAGCACACAAAGCAGAGAAAACAUUUUCUUUAAGCCUAUUUACAGAUUCUGUUUUAAUUUCUGGUUAAAUAUAAACUUGGUGAAGAUGGGUCAAGGUUAUAACGUGAGUUCUAUGCCCAUGGAGCAUACAAGGAAAAGGAGGAGAAGGGAUAGCACUUGCUCUGUUGCUGAAACCAUUCAAAAGUGGAAAGAAUAUAAUGAAUUUCUUGAUUCUUGUCCUAAUGGUGAUAAACCGGUUAGAAAAAUUCCUGCUAAAGGUUCAAGAAAAGGAUGUAUGAGAGGUAAAGGAGGGCCUGAUAACUCAAGGUGUAAUUAUAGAGGCGUUAGACAAAGAACAUGGGGAAAGUGGGUUGCAGAGAUUAGAGAACCAAACAGAGGGCCUAGGCUUUGGCUUGGUACUUUCCCAACUGCAUAUGAUGCUGCUCUUGCUUAUGAUGAAGCUGCGAAAGCCAUGUAUGGUAAUUUGGCGCGGCUUAAUUUUCCUGAAUUAUCAAAUUCAACUAGCUCUUCGAAAGACUACAUGUCCUCUACAACCCCAUCAGGCUAUUCUUCGGUAGCUACUCCUGCUGGUUCUGAUUCUACUACUACAUCAAAUCAUUCUGAGGUUUGUGCUUUUGACGACACUAAAGAGCAUGUUGUGAAAAUUGAGAAUGGUGAAGGUGAAUCGAAAAUCAAACCCGAGUAUCCGGCUGUAACUGAUCUCGUGUCACCAAGAUGUACACCAAAACAAGAAGUGAAGAAUGAGGAAGAUGAUGCUAAGAUACCUGAGACUAAAGUGCCAAUGAAAGAUGAUCAUAAAAUACCUGAGAUUGAAGUGGCUGUGAAAGAUGAUCUCCAACAUGAAAGCAAAGAUGAUGGGACACUAAAUAUUGAAGAUUAUGGAUGGCCUAACGGACUUGAGGGAGCAGAUUUCUGGAAAAAUUUCACUGUUGAUGAGAUGUUUAGUGUGGACGAAUUGCUGGGGGCAAUAGACAAGAAUCCACUCGAUCUGGAUGGUCAGAUGUUAUCCACAGAUAAUAGUGAUUUGCAGAAUGAUGUAGUAACACCACCAUUGGAUUUAUCAUUUCAGUUGCAUAGUCCAUAUUCAAAGUUUAAUGGCAACGGCAAUGGCGACUAUGGUUUUGAUUUCUUGGAGCCUGGUAGGCAAGAAGACAACAAUAUUCCAUUGGAUGAUCAAGGUUUCUUCAGUUUAGGAGGCUUUGAGACCUAAAAAAUCACACUGUUUAUGAUGUGGAGAUGGAAGGAUUAGAGUAGCUUGCUGGUGUGUAGACAUAUGUUCUUUUCACUUAAUUAAUCACUUUGUUUUUGAGAAACUGACAAACAUACUGACAGCCGAUUCUCUAGAGUUUUUUAGGUUAGAGAAAUUGGCCAUGUAACUGUAGUUCUUUUGGCAAUCCAACCUUGAGGCAGAGUUGGAUGGCUGGUAGUUCAUGCUCUGCAGAUUGAAUUGUUCUGGUCUGUGAGAUGGGAUUCUUUUUGUAAUCAUGAUUAAAAUAGUAGUAGUAAUAGCGGUCAAACCUUUUUAAAAAUCAGAUUUUGAGUAUGGUUCUAAUUUUUUUAUUGUUUGUAAUCUCUGUUACUCAUCUUAUGUGAAUAUACAAGUAUUUGCCUAAAUUUUAUUUU